AUGGCGUUUACGUUUGAAAAAGGACAGGGCAAAGUCAACUGGCAUCGUGGUUCUGAGGUGGUCGGAGUGUCCGUCGUACGUAGAGAAACUGUUGGACCUAAAAGAUAUUCCAAGGUAAACUUGCCAUCAAGUCUAAUGAUAUCUUGAGUGCAUGUCAUUCUUCGUGUCCAAAUUCAUUUGACUUUCAUGCAUGCUACUAAUAAUGGGCAACUUGCAUGUUAGACUGAAUUUUAGUUUAAGUAAGGAGAAGGGAAUCAAACACCACAGCUAAAAGGAACGUAAUGAAAUUAGUAAAAUUGCAAAAUUUGGUUGCGAAAUGUUGUAAAGCAGUAUAGCCCUGUAUAAGUAGUAUAGCAGUAGCCCUGCAAAGUUUUCAAAUUUUGUAUAUAUGGUUUGUAUUACGUGCGGAAAUUACCAUUUUCAGCUCAAAAACGGUAACAAUUUCCGCACGUAAUCCAAACAUAUACAAAAUAUGCAAACUUCGCAAGGCUAUAUUUUCUGUAUUUUACAACAUUUCGUAACCAAAUUUUGCAAUUUUACUAAUUUUAAUAAGUUCUUUGAGGGAAUUUACUUUUUUUGCCUAGAUAAAAAAUUAGUCUAACAUGCAAGUUGUCUAUUACUAUUAGCUGCUUGUGUAAAAAUCUGGAACACCCCUGUAUAAUAUAAAUAUAAUUGCUAACUAACUGGCGUAUACACUAAUUAAGGUCUCGUUUUUCUUUGAUAGGUUAUGAACUCUUCAGCCUCAAGAAAAAAUUGCCUUGACAAGGUCUUAAAAGAUGCAAGUUUCAGUGUUAGCUUCUUUCAUCCAAGCAAUAAUAGCCACCUGAGGACAAUUCACUAG